CAGAUUAAGAUGCGUUUAACCUUACUUUAUACUCCUCUACGGUGGUCUACGUUGAUCAUGUUACUGAUGGAAACAUAUAAAAGAGUAGACAGGCUUCUUUCCAUUCAUAGUGUUUUCCCAGAUGAUAUAUUGGAAGAAAUGAGUUCUCACAAAUUUGAUAAUUUCAACAAUGAAUCAGGAAGUUAUCAGCUGAUGAUUCCUACAGUUGUUCAUAUCUUCCAUCUUGAGGAUAUAGAGUUUUCAUUUUACGAAGCAGCUGUAGUUCGCAGCGCUAUUUUAAUCGGAGGAGCAGACUCUGUUUAUAUUCAUACGCUUUUUCCUCUUUACGGAAGACAUUUGAAUGCCAUUAUGAUUGAUCCUUUACUUCCAGAGGAGAUAGUUAACAUCAACCAAUUAGAGAUAGGUUCUGAUGUACUAGGAAUGGAACCAACUCCGAAACUAAUUCAUCAUAUGAGUAAAAUUUUUGCAUUGAAGGAAAUAGGAGGAAUUGUCUUACCACAAGGUGCUAUAAUUACUGGUAACCUAUCCUGCUUCUUAAAGUAUGAAAGUGCAGUUUACAAGGAACCAGGAAUUCAAGAAUAUGAAAUUAUAAUGGCAAAUGCUGCCGCUAGGUUGUUAGAUGCUAGUAUUGAUGAAUACGUGAACACAAAUAUAGAUUGGAAGGAUCCGGUUCAAACUAUAGUUCAGAUGCAUCCAGAGUUCGUUCAUCAAAUUAGCUCUGGGAUUUUAAGAAUGAAUGAUUCAAUGUUGGACAGUACUGAAGGGAGACACCUAGCGGAAAUAUUAGAAAACCAUCUAGUACUAGUGGAUCCAGCCCAACUAGCCCAGUAUACACCGGAGAAUAUUAUUCAGAUGCCUGGGAUAGUUCCUGCUCUACUAAGAAAAGCUUGGUUCGGAAUAUAUAAUUAUAUUGUAAAACAAGGUUCAGAAGUAUCAUUGUAAUACUGCAACCUUUAAUCAUAAUACGUUUAAUAAAGAGUAUUUAGAUCACA